ACGCGCUAAUUCGCUCGUCGCCGAGACGAUUACGCUCCGCUCCGCUCCGCUUCGCGGGCCGACUCCGCGUUACCGUUGCCUCGCUCUCGCCGUGGCAUCCUUCGAGGCUUAACCUACAAAGAGUCCCGACUCUCCGCCCGCGCGCUCCCGCGAACUUCGUCCUCUCGUCGAAACUCCGCGUUUAUUGUGACGUAAUUGGUGCAGGUUCUUUCGCGAGCGUCGCUGUAUUUUUUAUUUACUUCCGACUGCACAAUCACGCAAGAGUUAUAGGGCAAUUCCAGCAUUCACAAUGGCGGGAGAGCAACAACAGUUUUUUCUCAAGUGGAAUGACUUCCAGUCGAACAUGGUGUCGUCGUUCAAACACCUGCGAGAUGAGAAAAGCUUCACGGAUGUGACAUUGGCUUGCGAUGGUCAGACUUGCAAAGCGCAUAAAAUGGUCCUGUCCGCCUGUAGUCCUUACUUCAAAUCUUUAUUAGAGGAAAAUCCGUCCAAACAUCCAAUUAUAAUUCUAAAGGACGUUGCGUACAGCCAUCUACAAGCCAUUCUAGAAUUCAUGUAUGCAGGUGAGGUAAACGUUUCGCAAGAUCAGCUGCCAGCAUUUCUCAAAACAGCAGACCGGCUUAAAGUUAAAGGACUGGCUGAAGCUCCCGGUGCCAUUAAGAGAGAAGGUUAAAGAUACGCACAUAAAUACGGUAUUUGAAAAGUGUGUGGACUGAAAGAACAGUGUAAUAAUGUAAAGUGAUUGAGUAAAACACAUACCACACAACAUAAACACACGACACAACAUACAUUAUAAAUAUAUAGAGACAUAUGUAUAAAAAAAAAGUUGAAACACUGCGUGUGCACAACUCAGUGUCCUUCGGUUCAUGACUUGGAUCAACACGCGGUGACGAUGUAAAAUAAUGCCUUUUUCUUAUUCUCAGUUAAUGUUAACGGUUGUAUUGAUAGUAUGUACACAUACAUGCAAGUAGAGAAAUGAUGUUGAUGUUUGUCUUGAACCCAUUACGCCAUAUUGUGGCAACAAUAACAACAACAUUGAUUAUUUUUUUAAAACGAAUCAUCGCGAAUAAGUGGGUCGCGAUAGUUUACAAUGCAUGCUGACCGGGGCAGUCUUGGUGGAUCAAGUUGGAAAUGUUGACAACAUCUGUUACAACGCCCGUUUUUUUUUUUAAGCCGAUCUACCUGACUCAUAGCACUCCCCUAUCGAUUCUAUUUAGUGGAUCUAUUCACGAAGUAGCAUUUAUUUGUUGCGUGUCAGCUAUGACGUAAUUCAUUUGUACAUGUCAAAAUAUGAAAAUCUCUUUUUCUACAAAUAUCUAUGCUAUUUUCAUUAUCAAUUUUCGCAAGUUAUAUCAGGGAUGUGAUUAUGGAGAUUUCUCUUUAGGAAAUCGAUCCUACAGGGCAUUAACGAUCUUGUAUCGUACUAAAUUACGUGCAAAAUGCUAAGUAAAUGAUAAUGAUAAUUAACGAAAGUAUUUCGUUGAACCUCAAUCGAAAAGUUCGGCUUCUGUCGUGGAUAGAUUUGCGAAACCCCCGGCAAAUCAUUUGAAGAAUGUCAAAUCAAGUUUACUGGAAGUAGUAACGUGCGCGUUUAUACAUCCUUCUCUUUUGUCAAUUUUGCGAUAUUGGAAUACUGCUCUUUUGCAUUCAUGUGAAAUGUAAAAAAAAAAAAAUAGAAUGAAAAGGAAGGAAAUACGAGAUUAGGAAAGAAAUUGUAAUACCAUAAUCAAUCCCGUACAAGUUACCUCUUCUAGUGAACAUGAUUUUUACUUAACCAAAUACUGCCAGUAUUUGUACCGGCGUAUUCACAAUAUUACCGAUAUAGACCAAAUUUAUUUAUGAUAAUAAUAUAUUAAGGGUUGAAUGUCUUAAAUUGAGGGAAGGUUAUUGUAAUAUAAGCGAAGUAAAUUUUUGUAAAGUCGGAGCGCACAGUUCCUUUUCCCUCCCGAACAAUCAGGACGCUCGGAAAAGUCUAGGAAGAAAGUCAGGAAACAUUGUCGAGUCAGGGAUACAAAAAUUGAUUUUACAAACGCCGUGUUUUUCCUCUAUAAUCAAGUAUUUUACUAUUAUUAUAGAGAAUUCACUGUUUUAUUACUUUUAAACUUUACUUUACUACAAUACAAGUUUUCGUCAAUUGCGUUCAUCGUUAGAUAAGUCCGCGCUCGUAAUUCCUGACUUUGCUGUCUCUUAAUUACAUAUUAAGAAAUUCUCCAGUGUUUCGUGAGUUUUUCCUUGUGAAAUUAAUCGUCCUUGUGCCUAAUAUGAAUUUAUUCCAAUUUUAAUUUGGAUUAUAUAACGAAUUAGCACGAGUGAACUUUUACGGACACUGAAUGCCGACUUAGGAUCGUAUCGACAUUACGUAUCGAUCAGUCAUAUACCGCAGAAUGUUACGAACCCUAGAGCAAUCGUUUCCUACCGAUUUUGCUUCGGAUGUUUCUGUGAAUUAUACGUGAGACCGACCUGAUCGUACUUACGAUUGUAAGAAUAAUCCACCAAAAAGAACUCGUCGUUCAUAAAAAUGCUUUGAACUCCACGCGAUAAAGUCCAGAUCUUGUUAUGGAACUUGACUUUGUAUCAAAGUAAAUGGCUUCCAUACAAAUUUCAACGAUGCCUGAUAAGUUCUGAUAAUUAACGGGACCAUUCUCGUGCAAGCGGCAUUAAAGCGAAAUUUGUGAUGUAAUAGUUUGCAUAUAUUUGGCAUCUUUUCGGAAUGAGGGUUCAAUUGUUCAAGCUUUUUUCAACAUAAGAAGGCUUCAUCAUCUUUCGCGAUCAUCCGAUAGCAAUAUCGCGUAAUAGGUACCCGAUCUUCAGUCUCAGUAUUUAAAGCAGCGUUAAAAGCGUCGAAAUGGAUGGGUUUAGUUCCUACAAUGAUAUGUUUACCGGGCAUUUGGUGGCUGAAUGUGAAUAAUAAUACCAUGUACAUUUGCUAUGCUGUAAAUUUGGGAUACAAUUAUUGUAGAAUAGAAAAUCUCAUAGAAGUGACCGUUCGCGCUAAAUUCACGAAAUCAUUUACGUCAUAUAUGUAUCCUUUUUCGUUACGUUUCUCGCUUUAUCUCCGACUUCCAUACAUUGCACUUUUCGUAUUCACAACUCCAAGUUCACGAUUCCAAAUCGAUUAGUUUGCACAAGUUAGCCGGAUAAAUCUCUCUUCCCUCCCUCCCUCCCUUCCUUUCUCCGUUAUCCCUGCCAUUCUAGCUGAAAUUCGAAACCCUCCUUAUUAACGUUACUUUUGCUAUUAUAUGACUCGAUGAUGAUUAUGAUAUGAUGUUGAGAUAUAAAAUAAAUUAUGUAAAUAUACCA